AUGGGUUUUCCAGAGCCAUAUCCAGAUGCUGAACGUCUUGCGAUUGCUCUCUUGACUGGCAUUUUUACAUUAGUUGUUUACUUUGUGCUCUUUGGUAAACGACACCAUCAACGGAGAAAAGUUUUACAGGUGGAAUUGGAUAAAGCAUAUAAGAAAGUGCAAGAGUUACAAGAUCGGAUGGCUCAGAUGGAAGUAGAAGAACGGGAAGUACCACCAAAGGAACAAAUUCGGAUUUGGAUGGAUGGUGCUUUUGAUAUGAUGCAUUAUGGACAUAUGAAUGCAUUUCGUCAAGCUCGAUCAUUGGGAACAUAUCUUGUAGUAGGAGUGAAUGAUGAUGAAUCAAUUACAGCUUGUAAAGGUGCACCUCCUGUACUUAAUAAUGCGGAACGCAUUGCAUCGGUUGAAGGGUGUAAAUUUGUGGAUGAAGUUGAACCACAUUGUCCUUACAUUAUGAAUGAAGCGUAUUUGCAACGUAUGAUUAAAAAACAUCGGAUUGAUUAUGUCGUACAUGGAGAUGAUCCGUGCAUUGUGGACGGUAAGGAUGUGUACGAAUCAGCUCAGAAACUUGGCAAAUAUCGGACCAUCCCACGUACGGAAGGCGUCUCGACCAGUGAUAUUCUUGGACGGAUGCUUGUGAUGCACAAGACGCAUCAUAAACAUGAUCGCUUUGCUGUGAAUGGACAGCUAUCGUCACGAAUGCUGCAGGACAAGAAAGCGAAAGAACGUCCAUCCAAGUUCUUGACGACGAACCGCAUGCUGCGUCUUUUCUCCGUGGGUAACCACGAGCCGUUGAAGACUGACAAGAUUGUGUACAUUGAUGGUGCGUUUGACAUGUUCCACGCUGGUCACGUCGAGGUCCUGCGCCUCGCCAAGCGGGAGGGCUCGUAUUUGAUUGUUGGUGUGCACAACGACAGCGUGGUAAACGUCCAUCGCGGCCUCAACUACCCGAUUAUGAAUCUGCACGAGCGCGUGCUUAGUGUUUUGGGGUGCAAGUACGUUGAUGACGUUUUGAUCGAUGCACCAUUGCAUAUUACGCCCGAGAUGGUGGCAUCAUUGAACAUUUCCGUCGUAGUGCACGGGACACACCGUGACCAGGACUAUCUGCCUGAGUCCUCGCUCGAGGAGCUCUACGAGUAUCCACGUAAGGCUGGAAUCUUUAAGUCAGUUGAAAGCCCCAUCAAGCUGGAUGUCAACGACAUUGUGGCUCGCAUCAACGACAACCGCGAACGGUUUGAGAAGAAAUUUGUGAGCAAGAUGAAGUCUGAAGAGGAGUAUUACGCAGACCGUUAUGGCAAGACCAAUUAA